AUGACGUUUUCUACCUUGGCCACACUUGCACUAGCCCUCCUGGCCGACUUGAGCCAAGCGACUCCCGCGGGCGCGAUUGAACGGAGGCAACUGAAGUUUCCUUUUGGACAAGAGAAGGUUCGUGGAGUGAAUCUGGGUGGCCUGUUCGUGCUGGAACCAUGGAUCACUCCGUCGAUAUUUGAAGCUACGCCAGAGAACGUCGUUGAUGAAUAUACCUUCUGCGAAACGCUUGGGAAGGAUGAAGCGAAGAGGCGGCUGGAAGAGCAUUGGAGUACUUUCUACACCGAAGAGGACUUUGCGCUCAUGAAGCAGUAUGGACUCAAUACCGUUCGCGUCCCCAUUGGCUAUUGGGCUGUCGCACCCCUAGAAGGAGAUCCGUACGUGCAGGGUGCAUAUGAGCACCUUCCGGACAUUGUCCAGUGGGCUGGAAACAACGGCUUGACAGUGAUGAUCGAUCUGCACGGCGCACCUCUAUCUCAGAAUGGCUUCGACAAUUCAGGCAAGAGGGGGCCGGUUGGGUGGACUCAAGGUGAUUCUGUUCAACAAACGCGAAACGCCUUGGACCGGAUCCGCGACGACUAUGCCAACAAUCCGACUGUCUCAUCCAUUGAGUUGCUGAACGAACCGAUGGGCCCACAGCUAGACAUGAACGUCGUCCGCCAGUUCUAUUACGAUGGAUGGGGAAGCCUUCGUGACAGCCCGGUUGCAGUCGUGUUUCACGAUGCGUUCAUGGGUGUCACAAGCUGGAAUGAAUUUGGUGCCGGCAUGCAAAAUUUGGUACUGGAUACACACCAUUAUGAAGUCUUUAGCAGUGGCGAGCUCCAAAUGAGCCCAGGACAGCACAUCAGCACUGCGUGCGGCUUCGGUGCUCAGAUGGCUUCCACCAACAAGUGGACAAUCGCUGGAGAGUGGUCCGGUGCCCAAACUGAUUGCGCGAAGUACUUGAACGGCCGCGGCAUCGGUGCGCGUUACGAUGGAACAUUUAACAAAGACGGCCAAGGUUCUAGCUACAUCGGCUCGUGCGAUCGAAAGACAUCCGGCAGUGUCGAUGGCUUGAGCGGAGAUGAGAAGAACAACAUCAAGCAGUUCAUUGCUGCGCAAAUUGCCGCAUAUGAGAAGGCCGCUGGAUGGAUUUUCUGGUGCUGGAAGAACGAAGCUGCUCCAGAGUGGCACUUCCGAGAUUUGGUGGCGGGCGGUCUCGUGCCUCAACCGCUCGAUUCACAACGUGAGUUUGACGUUUGUUGUUCUGAUUUGAUCCUUUACUGA